AUGGGUGUUACCGACGUUCUCUCCCGCAAGACCGGUGUCAUCGUCGGUGAUGAUGUCCUGAGACUCUUCGAGUACGCCCAGCAAAACAACUUUGCCAUCCCCGCUGUUAACGUGACCUCUUCCUCCACCGCUGUGGCCGCACUUGAGGCCGCCCGCGACAAGAAGGCUCCUAUCAUCCUUCAGAUGUCCCAAGGUGGCGGUGCCUACUUUGCCGGAAAGGGUGUCUCCAACUCCAACCAAGAAGCGUCCAUUGCUGGCUCCAUCGCCGGAGCUCAUUAUAUCCGCAGCAUUGCCCCAAUCUAUGGCAUCCCAGUUGUCCUUCACACUGACCACUGCGCCAAGAAGCUCCUCCCAUGGCUCGACGGUAUGAUGGAUGCGGAUGAGAAAUACUUCAAAGAGCAUGGUGAGCCAUUGUUCUCCAGCCACAUGAUCGAUCUCUCUGAGGAGACGGUCGAGUGGAACAUCGAGACCACCGCCAAGUACCUCAAGCGUGCUGCCCCAAUGAAGCAGUGGCUCGAGAUGGAAAUUGGCAUCACCGGCGGUGAGGAGGACGGCGUCAACAACGAAGAUGUUGACAACAACUCUCUCUACACCCAGCCCGAGGACAUCUUGAACAUCUACAACGCCCUUGCGCCAAUCAGCCCUUACUUCUCCAUCGCCGCUGGUUUCGGAAACGUCCACGGCGUCUACAAGCCCGGAAACGUCCGCUUGCACCCCGAACUCCUCAAGAAGCACCAGGCCUACGUCAAGGAGAAGACCGGUUCCCAGAAGGACAAGCCAGUCUUCCUCGUCUUCCACGGUGGUUCCGGUUCCUCCAAGGAGGAGUACAAGGAGGCCAUAAGCUAUGGCGUUGUGAAGGUCAACAUGGACACGGACAUGCAAUACGCCUACAUGGCCGGCGUCCGUGACUAUAUGCUCAAGAAGAAGGACUACCUCAUGUCGGCUGUGGGCAACCCUGACGGUGAGGAUAAGCCCAACAAGAAAUACUUUGACCCUCGCGUGUGGGUCCGCGACGGCGAGAAGAGCAUGGCUCAACGAACACAGGUGGCUCUUGAUGAUUUCAACACCUCCAACCAGCUGUAA